GGAAACUCCUCAGUCCUUACCACCUCCGUCGAAAAAUAAUGGUUCGUCGCUUAUUGAUGCUGUGAAGGUGGUGGUUUUUGUUGUUAUUGUUCUUUAUGGCAUGUAUAAUUUAUCUCUUUAAACAGUCAACAUGGAAGAGUUGCAAAUGAUGUUCAACCUCUCUGUCAAUAAUGAGUCUGAUGUCCUCAACGCCACAGAAAUGAAGAAUCGAGUCUACGUAUUCACACCAGCAGGCUUUACCACUAAACUCGCUCUUGUCUUUGUUUUUGCGUCUGUUGGUACAGUAGGAUUAGUAGGCAACGUUCUAAUUUAUUACUUUAUGUCGUUUAAGAGAAAGGUCGUCUCUUAUAUGCAGUACAAUCCAUUUCUGCGAAAUUUCAACUCUUACAUUAAGAGCUUAGCACUGUCAGAUAUAAUGAGUAAUAUGAUUUCACUUCCCUUGAUAUGUAUUCAGAUUAUGGUCGAUGUGUUCCAACAUGACUGGGCAUGCAGAAUUGUUCGGUUUAUCGGCAUACUGCUACCCUCUAUAACAAUGAAUAAUUUAAUGGUAAUAAGUGUGGAGAGGUAUUUGGCAACUCGUGCCGUUCCCCGCUCGUUCAGUGUCUCUAGUGUUCGCAAGCUUGUUUUUACCGCAUGGCUUGCUGGUUUUAUUGUCGUUUUAGGGCCAACAGCAACGUUCAAAGGGAUAAGAUGUGAUCUUAACGAUACACAUUAUACAGUAGUUUGUAAAUACGAUAACAGUUAUCUACCGUUCAGAAUAAUAGCCGUAUGUUAUGCCUUAGUACAGCACCUUAUACCCUGUGUUAUUUUAAGUUAUCUUAAUAUUUCCGUUGCAAAAACUUUACGGCCAGAACAAAAGAAAAGAAUAGAUAUUCAGAGGAACAACGCCAUCAGGGCCAACUUGAUAAAGAUCAUUAUGGAAGGAUCGCAGAUGAUGUCCAACUUCUCUGUCAGUAACGAGUCUGCUCUCCUCAACGCCACAGAAAAGAAACCUGCAGUCUACGUGUUCACACCAACAGGCUUCACCACUAAACUCGCUCUUCUCUUAGUUUUUGCGUCUGUUGGUGCGACCUUAUGGACAAGACAAAGAAAAAGAAUAGAUAUUCAGAGGAACAACGCCAUCAGGGCCAACUUGAUAGCAACUAAACUCCGUGGAACAUAUCUUCUUAUCGCUAUGACGUUUGCUUUCAUCAUUCCAUAUUCAGCGUUACUUUAUUAUGCAGUCUAUGUUAUGUUGGCUAAGCGUUCUCUUGAUUUUAAAACAGAUUUUAUAACAAGGUAUCUUAGCGUUGGGCUGCUUUAUUCAAACGGUGCGAUUAAUUUUAUCAUAUACAUGGUACAGAUGACGGAUUUCCGAGCCUUCUUAAAGAAGCUGUUUUGUGGUAACGGUAAUCCUAUAAAUCCUGAUCCACCCGGCGACGGGAUUCAACUGAGAGCACUUAUAAUCCCAAACAAUCCUUGA